AUGGUGGUUUGUGUGCAGUUACCGAAGGUGCGGCAUGCAUUGAAAAAUAAAGAAAUAGAUUCCCGACAUUAUGAUAUUACUGCGCAAUCUCGUGCAGCGAGAAGAACGAAGUCAUCGGAUGCUUCAUUUGACAGUGAUAGCGUCGACAAAAUUCGAAAAGUAAUAAAGAAUCAGAACGUGAACAUGAAUAUGAAUAUCCUCGGUCAUGAGCAUCAUAGUCGUGAGUACCAUAAACAAAACAAAUCUCCUAAGAAGGAUCAGUCGUAUUAUCGUCAAUACUUCAAAUCACUAGAGAACUUUUCCGAGGCAGAACAACCAGCAAACUGCACGAGCGGUAAGAAGGAGAAUCAGAGAUAUUCGAGUAGCUUCAUCGGAAACGUAACGAGUCGUAGUGUCGAGCUGACUGUUGACAAGGAAUUUAAGAAUGUGGUCGGCAAUAAUUCCAAGGCUAAGACGAUCAGCAGUGUUCAUGAGGACGAGGAUAUUACUUUGUGCUGGAUCGAGACAACGACCAUCAAAGAGAACAAGACCAUUCGACCGCCGAAAAGGCUGGUGAUCCGCGAGUACACGAUUUCCUUCGAGAAUUCGGCGACUAUACCGGAUAAGUAUCUUGAAUGCAAAAAGCUUGAGGGUGAAUUAACACCGAAUGAUAAAGAGAUCGGCAAAACGUCUCUGUUCGAGGUUAUGGACGAGGAUACCAAGGUCAGCAGGGUUGUAAAUUUCACUUCGGUUAGUCAUGUCGGGGACGUUAUCAUUUGGCAACAUAAAAAGGUGAAAUGCGGGGUCGGUCCAGUGGUCAGUAAGAACAUCAUAGAGUGGAGCGACGGUUCAAAACACCCGAAAAAGAGAGUAGAAAUUAAAGUUAGUCCCAAACUGCAUCAAUUAACGGUGACAAAGACCGACGAGGAGUCCUGCACGGAGAGUUCCGCGGAAGAUGAAAAUGAAACGAGUAUCGAUGCCGCUACUGAAUCUUGUGAAAAUACGGAGAGCGGCUCUUGUAAAGUGACUACAAAGUCUGAGGACAUUUUAAUAAAAAAUAGUACUGAGGUUAGCAUAAGCGAAGAAGUCACUAAACCAAAAGAAGACGUCGAUAGCGAAAACGACAGCGAAGAAGAUCUUAGUAUGUCUACUGGUAUUACAAAGCCACCGACGUUACCUAGUGAAGGAAUACUUACUACGGUCGUUCCCAAAGAACCUAUUACGAAUAAAGAGAUUGUAAGCUGUGAGGAGGAUUCGUCCGAUUCAUCAUGUACAACGCAAAAUAAUAUCAUGCAUUCUUCAUCUUCGAAAGAAUUGUUCACCGAAUCAGGCGCGACGGAAGCAAUUACACAGAUUUCAACUACAAUUGUUCAUAAAGAAAUUUUUUCCUCUAACUCAGAAGAGGAAACAGAAGUAUUUGUUACAACCCCUGAAAAUAUUGAUUAUAGUGCUGUCAGCACGCCAGAAACAAAUAUUACGACAAGUCAUAGCGUGACAAAAGAUGAGAAAGAAGAAGAACACUUGACGCCCAAAGAAAAUAGCAAUGAAACUUCUGCUGAAUUGACAAGCGAAGAUUUAAUUGAGAUAAACCAUGUUCCGUCUUCCAGCAUAAGUACGAUAACUUCAGCUGAGAUUAGUGCUGAGCAAGAAAUUACAACCAAGGUACCAUCGUAUGGAGUCACCGAAUUCGUGGAAGAAUCCGAAACAUUUACCGAAAUCUUAAACAAGCUAUUUACAUCAUCAAUUUCGACUGGAACAUUGACUUCCACGUUUUCAACGAUAACGCCGUCUACGGAGAUCAAACCGACGGCGAGCAGCGAGGUUGAUUACAUAUGCGAGAACUCUGAAGAUUGCUCAUAUAUCAACAUUUCGGAAUCUUGCAACGAAUCCGAAAAUUGCGACAGUGCAAGCGCCAAGUCUUGCGAGUCAGGGACAUGUUCUGAGGAGGAAACCAUCGAGAAUCAAUCAAAGCCUGACACGGUUUUAUCAACAAAAAAUCAAUCGUUCGUAACUGAAUCGCAGUCGUCUGAACAGUCAGCAACGAUCGAUAUUCAGCACACGACUAUCGCAAAUGUCGCAACGACCGUAUUAAUCGCUCAGGAGGCUGAGAACAAUUCAACGGCGAUCAAUACUAUGGACACUCAAAGAAGCACAACUACAAAUAAGCCACAACACAAAUUGACUUUGAAAGUGAAGAUUCUUUUAGAACAUAUCAACGAAAAGAAGGAGAAGCACAACUUGGUCGAGGUUGAGAAGCACUUGUCAUUUGAUGAGAAUUUGAUACAAAAAAAUCAUCCUGACUUGCUGGAACAAUUUAGAUACUUGAACGAAUCUGUCAACGAAGAAACCUUAAGCGCGUUACUAAAUUGUACCGGCUUAGGCAAUUUGACAAAGAAACCGAAUAUUAACAGUACGCAAUCGAAUGAUGUUAUUGAUAAGAUUCAUAAAAGAUUAGAAUAUACGGAUCCUUCUGCCUUUGAAGAUUUAAUCUCAGAACAAUUUACUUCUGAACGCAUCCUUGCUGAAAACGAGGACUUCCAGUAUCCUGAAUACGAUCAAGAAAACAAUCGAGAGAACGAGGUACCAUCUCGAAGACGAAGACGCAGAAGUCUUGAUGAUAAAAAGGAAGAUUUAGGUGAACUCAAUAUUGUUACAAAAAGUUUCAUUGAUUCUGAUAAAUCGUCGAUUACGGCUAAUUCCUUAAGCGUUUCAAAAUUACAAAAUAUUCCUUUGACGGAGACUACGCAUCCUUCCACAACGACAAAUAAUCCCGAAGAAGGAACAAGUGAUGCUACAUAUAUAGAGAAUGAACGAAAUAUAACUACAGAAGAAAAUGACAGCGUAACGUUUUCGACAAUAAAAGACAACGAUACCUAUUCAACCACUUUGGAAUAUCAGGAUGUUAAUGUGACAAAGGAGAGCAUACAGCUUUCUACAACGACAAACAACCCUGAAGAGAAAACGAGCGACACAGUACGUACGGAAAGUGGAAACGAUACAACUACAGAAAUAGUUUUAAGCACAGUGCCUUCGGUAAGUGAGAACGUCGACAACGAGACGAAGAUAGAAGUCGUACAACAGGUAUUACCAGGGAUACAGGAAGAUGUUUCGGCUGGGUUGAUGCGCGUGGUUUCAGAAUUGACGCAAAAUAAUUCGCUCUCCGUCAAUGAUAUUAAGAAAAUAAUCCAAACGAAUCUGCUAAGUAUCAUAGCAGAUCCCAAGGAUAACAGGAUUCACUCGAGGGUAAGACGAGCGGCUGCAGAAGAGGUCGGACAUUGGUCGAACGAAAGGAUCAGAGAGGCGCCGAUGGGCGGCAGUCUUAGAAGUUUCACCGAAUUCACACUAUACAAAGUCGUCUCUUGAAGAGAUGUUUGGCAAGU